AAUCCAGUUGUCUCUCCACUCUCUCUCUCUCUCUCUCUCUCUCUCAAUUUUUUCCUCUAGAAAGACCAUCUCAUCCAUCUUCUCUUCAAUCCACCUUCUGGGUCUUCACAGUCCAAUCACACACCAUCAAAAUCUGCACACAAAGGUGUCAAUUUGUUCUCUGUAAGUAUAUCUAUUCCCUUCUCUCUGUAAUUUUUCCCCUCCCUUUUCAAUUUCAACGGAACAGUGUCCGGACACGCUUGAAGAUUGCUCUUUCGUUAUCUUCUUUGUAUUCAAGAUUGUAUUUUUGAAGUGGGUGUGAGAAUUUUAUGGGGAAAUCUGGAGGUAGGAAAAAGAAGGGUGGUGUUAACCAAACCCAAGUUUCAGAAUUUAACAACAGCAAUCCAAUUCCAAAUGCCAAUGGUGGUGUUGAUUUGGACUCCUCAAUUUUCUCUAAAAGAGCUUAUGAGCUCAAAGAGGAAGGAAACAAAAGAUUUCAAGCCAAAGAUUAUGUGGGUGCUCUUGAACAAUACGAUAAUGCCCUAAAACUCACUCCCAAAACUCACCCAGAUCGAGCUGUGUUUCACAGCAAUAGAGCUGCUUGUUUGAUGCAAAUGAAACCUAUAGACUAUGAAAUUGUGAUUGCUGAGUGUUCCAUGGCACUUCAGGUUCAGCCUCGGUUUGUCCGUGCCCUUCUUCGGAGGGCUAGGGCAUUUGAGGCGAUAGGAAAGUAUGAAAUGGCGAUGCAAGAUGUGCAAUCGCUAUUGGCCGUUGAUCCAAAUCACGGGGAUGCUUUGGAGAUUGCCCGGAGAUUGAGGACUGCCCUAGGGCAUCGGCAGGAGGCCCAGCAGGACCUUCAGAGCCGCCCAUCUCCAGCUGCUCUUGGGGCCUCUGCUGUUCGUGGAGCACCGAUUUCUGGUCUCGGGCCUUGUUUACCCGCAAGGCCUGUGCCAAAAAAGGCACCGGCUGCUGCAGUGGGAUCAUCAGUUGAAUCGCCUAAUAAUAUGCUAGAUAAGUCCCAACCAUUUUUACGUACUGAAAAUGGUCCCGAGGUCAAAACCCAAUUGCCAAAGCUUGUUUUGAAGCCAUCACACGGUUCUACCAAAUCCAAUCCCAGUAAGGAUAACCAAAAGGAACGGGCUUCUUUGUCAGUGUCGUUGGAGACUGCAAUUAGAUGGAGGUCAUUGAAGCUUGUUUAUGAUCAUGACAUAAGGCUUGCCCAAAUGCCAGUGAAUUGCAAUUUUAGAGUGUUGAGGGAGAUUGUAAGCAAACGCUUUCCUUCUUCGAAGUCAGUUUUGAUUAAAUAUAAAGAUAACGAUGGUGAUUUGGUGACUAUAACGUGUACGGGUGAACUCAGAUUGGCAGAGUCAUGUGUUGACAGUGUUAUUUCAAAAGAACCUGAAACGGAGAAGACAGACUCAAUUGGGAUGUUGAGAUUGCAUAUUGUUGAGGUGAGUCCUGAGCAGGAGCCACCUAUACUCGAAGAGGAGGAACAGGAGAAGCCUCUCAAGAGUGAGGGAAUCAAAGGAGAUGACAGUGGCUUGCGUUCGUCUCUGGGUGAUUCUGCUGUGGAAACUAUGGAUACUGAGAUCGAUAAGCUGGAGAAGGAAGCUCCAAAGGAAAAACCCGGGACUUCAGAAGAUCAAGAGAGCAAGGAAGUGGAGAUGGAUGACUGGUUAUUUGAAUUUGCUCAGUUAUUCCGGACCCAUGUUGGUAUUGAUUCAGAUGCGCAUAUUGACCUACAUGAGCAGGGGAUGGAGCUGUGUUCGGAAGCCCUUGAAGAGACAGUAACCAGUGAAGAGGCUCAAAACCUUUUUGAUAAAGCUGCCUUAAAGUUUCAGGAGGUGGCUGCUCUGGCUUUCUUCAAUUGGGGAAAUGUGCAUAUGUGUGCUGCGAGGAAACGGAUUCCGAUUGAUGACUCUGCAGAAAAAGAGUUGGUGGCAGCAAAGCUUCAAGCAGCUUAUGAUUGGGUGAACGAAAAAUAUUCUCUGGCCAGAGAGAAGUAUGAGGAGGCGCUCUUGAUUAAACCGGACUUCUACGAGGGGUUACUUGCAUUGGGGCAGCAGCAAUUUGAAAUGGCUAAACUUCAUUGGUCGUAUGUACUUGCUAAGAAAGAAGAUCUCUCGAAAUGGGAUUCUACUGAAACUAUCAAACUUUUUGAUAGUGCAGAGGAGAAAAUGAAAUCCGCGACUGUGAUGUGGGAGAAGCUUGAGGAGCAGAGAGAAAAUGAGCUAAAAGAUCCAAGUUCGAGCAAGAGGGAAGAAUUGCUAAAAAGAAAAAAGAAACAAGGAAGUGGUAAUGAAGGCGAGUCCUCUGGCCAAGGAGAGAUUUCAGCUGAUGAAGCGGCAGAACAGGCAGCGGUGAUGAGAUCACAGAUACAUCUAUUCUGGGGUAACAUGCUUUUCGAGCGUUCUCAAGUUGAAUGUAAACUAGGGUUGGACGGGUGGAAAAAGAACCUGGAUGAUGCUGUUGAACAGUUUAAGCUUGCUGGUGCUUCUGAGCCUGACAUUUCAACGGUUUUGAAGAACCAUUGCUCUAAUGAUGAUGCUGUCAAAGAAGAUGAGAAGAAGAUUGAGAACCUAAGCACUGAUAAGGGUAACAAUCCAAAAAAAAAAGCUGAGCCAAGUCAAGUAUCAGAGGAAUGAAACUCGUGUUUGUGCACAGUAACCUUCAAUUGAUUAUCUUUGUAUUUUGUCUUCAUUGAUGAGUUUUGAUUGGAGAAAGGAGUUGCUUUUUCUUCUCAGUUCUCAGCAGGUGGGGUUGUGGAAGUUUUUGUUCUCUCUUUUUAGAUAGAAAGUUAGAUACCAACACUGCACAACAGUGUACUCAACCAAAAGGUUUCGAGCCUAUUUUUUCCUGGUCAAUGUCAAGAUGACAUUAUUUUUGCCCUACUGCUGAGUUUUCUAUUAGCAAUGUGAAAUACUUGGGUUGGGUUGUUGGCCUUCACUCCUGCUCCAAGUGAGGUUAGGCUUGUGCGUUCUUGAUUGUUAUUGCUCUGUUUCUCUGCUGGGAUUAAUAUCAUUGGUUGUGUUUUAUUUA